AUGGACUUUAUCGAGGCUCGAGCCGAAAUGAUCUACAAGGAGCGUGGUGGUGCCAUGAGUAAUUUUGCCAAUGCCAAUUGCACCUUGUUUCUCGGCAUGAGUACCAUACCGUGGAGUGGAAUGUCUCUCUUUGCGGGUCGUGACUAUGCCAAGGGAGAAGUGGUGAUUUCAGCUGCCCAUUUUCUACCCCUCUAUGACAGCAGGGAUGGAUCUACCUAUACCUUAUCCCUUCAACAAUACGUAUUCUUACUCAAGCACCAUCAUUUAGUGGCAAACGUCGAUGGAACUACUUUUUGGAAUGAAACUGAUGACAAUAAUGACAACAACCAUACUGAUUACAGUCUUCGAGCCACAAAGCAAAUCCACGCCGGGGACGAAUUGUUUCUUCCCUUUACCAGUCACCCUCACAGUAAACUACCACUCGACACUACUACUACUACUAAUCCUACCGGCGUCUUUGACGAUAUUCCCACCCAACCAGAAUACGACUUGGCUGAAGAAAUCAUUCGAGAUACCUUGUUGAGUUUCCCCAUGAAACGAGGGCGGAUCAUGGUCAAUGACAAGGAAAUUGAAAAGACACUCGUGCUGGUCUACAAGGUGGCGCGCAAACUCAAUCCCAAAGUGCUCCGAUUCUUGCCUUCCACCAAGCGAGAACUAGAUCCAUGGAUAUCAUUCAUUCGAAGAGCAGAACCCUUUGGCAAGGCUGCACUUCAGGAAAAAUCCAUGAAUGCACUGGAAAUGAAUGCCCAAUGCAUGAGUCAUCACAAUCAAAAUGCCAACCGCGAACUACUGCAACAUGAUGGAGACUCGGAUGUUUCGUUGUUGGCCACACAGCAAUUCUUGAAUGGAACGACCGUCUUUGCAUCUCCUCUGCUACUGUUGCCACUUGGAAGGAAGAAUGAAGCCCGUAGAUGUGCCUCUGUGGACCACGCUGUUGUUGAUGAUGACCAGGAAGAAUGUAUCAUGCCACCAGAGGGAGAGGAAUUGGUAGAAGAAGAGGGUAUUGUUGUAUCGCAGAAGCAAGCCAACAAGUACUGCUUCCAACAAGCGCAUCUGCCAUUCUUGCUUUGUCCGCUCUCUCCAGCCGCCAUGCUCAUCACAUCAUCCGCCGGAACCGAACCGCCCAAUGUGGAGUUCCAAUGGAGUCGCAGGAUUAAGCGCAGAAAUACAAAAGCAUUGGCCAUGUCGCCAGAGCAGGUGGCACAGGAAUUGCUCUACUCGACAAAGUUAUUCAUGGAGGUGGUCGCACUCCGGGAAAUUCAAGAAGGUGAAAAACUCAUUGCGGACAUGUCCGAAGAUACAAUUGCAACUCUUUUGGCGUGGAACAAUGUGACUGCGGUGAAUGGAGAAGGAUGA